UAGUUAAGAUUAUUUCAACAAAAAAGGAAAUGGAACAGUAAAAAACAAAGAGCUGCAGAAGAACCCUAGAACUCUCCAAGCCAUACUCCGCCUCUAUUCUUGAUUUCUUACUCAUUCACUCCAAGGUAAGAUUAUUUGAAUCCCCAAUUACGUCACUGCGCUUUCCUCUUUUCUCAUCUCACUGCAUUUUCCAAGGUUUAAAAGGGCGGGGAGUUUUAGGCAAUUAUGGCGCGCAAAGGUUUAAUGGAGCAGGAUUUGAGCAAAUUGGAUGUUGCACAGCUACAUCCUCUUUCUCCUGAAGUUAUUUCUCGUCAGGCUACUAUUAACAUCGGAACUAUUGGUCAUGUGGCCCAUGGAAAGUCUACUGUUGUUAAAGCUAUCUCUGGUGUUCAGACUGUCCGGUUUAAGAAUGAAUUGGAGCGUAACAUUACUAUCAAGCUGGGUUAUGCUAAUGCCAAGAUAUAUAAAUGUGAAGAUGAACGGUGCCCACGACCGAUGUGCUAUAAGGCAUAUGGUAGUGGUAAGGAAGACAGCCCUAUGUGUGAUGUGCCUGGAUUUGAAAAUGCUAGGAUGAAGCUUCUACGACAUGUCUCUUUUGUUGACUGUCCGGGGCAUGAUAUUCUUAUGGCUACAAUGCUUAAUGGAGCUGCAAUUAUGGAUGGAGCAUUACUUCUUAUUGCUGCUAAUGAGAGCUGCCCUCAGCCCCAGACUUCUGAGCAUCUUGCUGCUAUUGAGAUUAUGCGACUUCAGCAUAUUAUCAUCCUCCAAAAUAAGGUUGAUCUCAUCCAAGAAAAUGUAGCAAUUAACCAGCAUGAAGCUAUACAGAAAUUUGUUCAGGGAACAGUUGCUGAUAGUGCACCUGUAGUUCCUAUUUCUGCUCAAUUGAAGUACAACAUCGAUGUUGUGUGUGAAUACAUUGUCAAAAAAAUCCCAAUCCCUGAAAGGAAUUUCACCUCACCACCAAAUAUGAUUGUGAUUCGUUCUUUUGAUGUUAACAAACCUGGGUUUGAGGUUGAUGAGAUAUGUGGUGGUGUUGCUGGUGGAAGUAUUCUAAAGGGUGUCUUGAAGGUAAACCAAAAUAUUGAGGUCCGACCGGGAAUUGUUGUGAAAGAUGAGAGUGGCAACAUAAAGUGCACACCCAUAUACUCCAGAAUUGUUUCAUUGUAUGCCGAGCAAAAUGAAUUACAAUUUGCUGUCCCUGGAGGUCUUAUUGGAGUUGGAACAACCAUGGAUCCAACUUUAACCCGUGCUGAUAGACUGGUAGGUCAGGUACUUGGUGAGGUUGGAUCUCUUCCAGAAGUGUAUGUGGAACUAGAGGUGAAUUUCUUUUUGCUCCGACGGCUGCUUGGUGUGAGGACAAAGGGGACUGAGAAGCAAGGAAAGGUCACAAAAUUGACGAAAGCAGAGAUUUUAAUGUUGAACAUUGGAUCAAUGUCAACUGGUGCCCGUGUACUUGCUGUGAAGAAUGAUUUGGCUAAGCUACAACUUACCUCUCCUGUGUGCACAAGCAAAGGAGAGAAAAUCGCUUUGAGUAGGCGUGUUGAGAAGCAUUGGCGAUUGAUUGGGUGGGGACAAAUUCAAGCUGGUAUUACACUUGAUAUCCCACCUUGCCCCCUCUGAGCUUGAAGCAAAGAAGAGUCCAGAUAGAACAGACAAAAAAGUUUGUGAAAAUGUGGGUAGGGAGGAAGCUUUUGGGAAUAAUUUUUUUGAGGUGGAAGAGAAAACCAAUUUUGUUGCUCAAUUUUGGUUUAUUUUGGUGUAUGUUCCGGAGAUUAUUUGCAAAUGAUGCUAUAAAUAUUUUUCUUUUAAUGCAUUUAAUUUUAUUUGGUAUUACAAUUGCAACCUGUUUGGUAAUUGGUAUCAAAUGGUGGGAAUGAGAAUGAUUUAUAGUGUAAAUUUUCACGAUACAUAUUAUGUUAUUCUCAUGGCAAUGAAAGUUUGAUUAUAAAAACAAAUUUGUUCACAAUA